UUACUUAGAAGCGCGCGCGCUCUCGGACAACACAGUGCUGGAAGACUAAUUUGCAAUAACCCUUAGUAUAUUAUAUAAAAAUCUAUUUCAAUAGUGAACCAAAUUGUAGAAAAUUAUAAUGAAUAACUGCGAAUAUUACUUUGAGGUGCAUCGCAAAUCGAAUGAAUUCACGCAGAACUCCGAUAACGACUCUAGAUUAAGUCCUGAUAAUUACGAAAGCGCGAGUGAAAAUUUGCUUACCGACUAUGAAGUUGUGAGCAACGGGGAAGCCGAAGAGGACGACGACAACGAGGUGGUCUAUCGAAAAUUGCGACGCGAGAAAACGGAAAACUUUUCACCCAACGCAAGUGGUGAGCGUGAACGUGAACGUGAUAAAUUGAAAUUGAGUUUGAGCGUUGAGAAAAUAUCGUUAAAAUCACGGUCGGAAAAAAUCGAUAAAUCCGACGCGUCGUUGGAAACGGAAAUUGCGCAGCAAAAAGUUAACGCAACCUGUCACGAGCGCCUUACGAAAACGACAAGCGCGAGUGGAUUUUGUCCACGGCAUAGACGACAGCAUCCACAUCAACAACAAUUAGAGAAAAACAAACAAAAACAAUAUGCUCCGAUUAAUUUCACCAUAGUACCGAUUAAUGUGGCGGCACAAAGACGUGGAAAUGAAAAUAAACGUUUCGAAGAUGUGCGUGAUUUGCCGGAAAUAGUAUUAACAUCCUUUGAGCAGCAGCAGCAGCAAAAGCAACAACAACAACAACUAGAAGAAAGAGUGCUUAAAGCGACAACAAUACCAACGUUGGAGGCGGCCGCAACACCGAAGCGCGUAUUAGCAGCGACCCAAGGCAGCAGCAGUAGAGAGCAUUUGCAGCAAAAACUACAACAGCAACAGCAACAUCAACAACAACAGUAUCGUAGCAUUAUGCUAUCAAAAGCACCAACAACAGCUAUUUCGCCCACACCACCGCCACUGCCGGCGCCCCCAUCAGCAACUGCUACACCAACAAAAGCCAAGAAAGUUACACGAUUUUCACGCGCGCCCGAGUACACCACCAACCACUUCGAGCUGCUGCCAGCUAUUACGACAAAAACACCAACACCAACAGCAACCCCAACAAAAACAUCAACGACUACCGCUACAGUCAUCUCACCAGCGACAACAAACAAAUUACCGGAUGCGGAGGAUACGAGCGCAAGUGAAAUUAAUUCGCAACCUGGCAGCUCCACCUCACCGGAAUCGUUAAUGGAUAAUGUGCUGAGCGCAGCGUCGUCGGUAUCGGUGCGCAGCAGCAGUCUAAGCAGUGGCUGUGGCAGCGGCAGUGGUAGAGGCAGCGGCGGCAGUGAAAUGCUAAAAAUUGUCAAUGUCACAGCAAAAAGUGGUAAUAUGAUGCGUAAAGUGCCACAUGUUGCUGGUGAAGCCAUGGUAAAAGAGCGACAACAACAAACAAUAACACAAGCAAAAGAAUUGAACGAUAAUCGCUCAUUGAACUUAAAAUCGCCCUUAUCGAGGGGCUUGUCGCCAGUGCCAGCAGCGACAAAGCUAACAAUAAUAUCACCACUUACACCUCUUCUAACACCACCACCCACAUCGUUGCAGUUGUUAUCUCCAGCGCGCACUUUGACGCCAUCUCCCUCCUCUGUACUAGCAAUGGGCGCAUCGACGUCGCGCCUGAGUGAAACGCGCGCACUUCAACCACCCGAACUAAUCGAAGCGUCAGCAAAUCGUUCAAGAAGCACAUCCCCCAGUCACAGCAUUUCGAUACGCGUCACGCCGGAUACCUCACUAUUCCCUGACGAAUUGAAAUGUCGCAUUUGCAACGACAUUUUUCGUGACCCACGCACCCUAAAUUGCUUGCAUUCGUUUUGUUUUCAAUGCUUGGUUGAUGAGAAUUUCAAGCAGGACUCAAGCAUACCAUUUUGGUCACAGCCUGGCGCGGAAGAACACGAUUGGAAAUCCUCUAACAAGUCGAACUGCAGCGUGCAGUCCUCUUCCCCGGAUAUGUCGUUGCGCAGCGGCUCCACUUCACCUUCCCGUCAACGACACUCCUCAUUCAGCUUUAAGCGUAAAAAGUCACUCGAACGGAUUUUAUUAAAAGCGAGGUCCAAAUCCGAUGGCAAGAGUUCGGAAAGUUCCUCUUCACUGCGCAUGAGCGUUGCACCCGAAGAACGCUUCCGUCAUAUCAGCUGUAGUGUUUGCAAAUAUUCGACUGUAAUACCUGUGGGUGGCAUACGCCAAUUGCCACAGAAUUUAUUGCUCGUGCGCAAAAUCGAAGCCAUCAAAGAGGAAAUUGGUGAUGAGGUGCUAACGAAAGUUUGGUGUAGUCUGUGCUUUGAUGAAACAAAUGCGACCUACCAUUGCACCAGCUGUACGCUGAAUCUCUGCACGCUUUGCAAAGAGUCGCAUGAGCGACAGCGCAAUACAGCCGAUCAUCGUAUAAGGAAUAUUAUGGAAUUGCGACGCGCGCGCAAACAACAACUACCGCUCGCCGAUGAUAAUAAAAAUUUUACACUAAAAUGUGGCAUGCAUCCGGGCUUCGAAAUGAAAUCGUUUUGCAAUAGUUGCCUGCAGAUCGCCUGCGCCGACUGCCUUGUCCUACUCCACAAGGGCCACAGGCAUGAAUCGAUUGCAAAAGCUUUUACGAAUUACUCCAAAUUGUUGCACGACGCUGUGGAUCAUACGCGCCCACUUUGCAAUUAUGCCGAGCAUACAAUCGAGCGUAUGAACGAAAUCGCCAAGCGUAUAAAUAAGAGAUGUGAUGAUGCACAAAUGCAGAUAGAAACGUUUAUACGUCAAUAUUUCGAGGCGAUUGAAGUACAUCGCAAAACGUUGCUGCAACAGGUGCAUCGUGCGCGCGAAUCUAAAGUGGAAAUGAUACUCGAGCAGCAACUGGAUUUGGAAAAACGCAAUAACGAGUCCAUUAAUGCAUUACGCUUUGCUCAGGAGCUCACCGAAAAUGGUUCCGAUGUUGAAGUACUCUCUUUUCUAAAUAUACUGCUGCGGCGUUUCGAAUAUUGUCAACAAUUUAAAAUGCCCGUUGAUCCAAAGAUUUCGGAAUCCUUACACUUUCUUCCCCACAUACGCGCACCUGCUACGAAAGCGCAGAACGAUAUACCUCUCUUCGGAAUCAUUACCAUGCAAACAGUCGAUUCUUCGCUGUGUACGCUACAAUGGGAGGGCUUCUCACAAUUACGUCUCAAUAAACGUGUCGAACUUCUGCUGCAGUCACGUGAUGCAGACGGUGUGGGCCUAUGCCAUGGUGGUCUACUAAUCCAGACUCUACUCAAGUACAAAGAGGCAAACUCCAAGUGUCUGCCAGUUGAGAUUGCUGACAAUCGUGAUGGCACUUAUGGCAUCGGAUUUACACCCGAUACUGAAGGUGCUUUAGUGCUAACAAUAACUAUUAAUGAUAAGCCUAUUAAGGGCAGUCCCUUUGCAUUCCUCGCACGCAAUGUACGGCCGCACAGUGGCAUCUUUCAUUGUUGCACCUUUUGCUCCAGCAAGGGUAAUAAGUUGGUGAAAUGUUCCUGUGAUGGACGUAUGCCGGGUUAUAAUGGUUGUGGGCAUGGUCAUGCCGGUCACCCAGGUAGCCGUCAUUGGUCCUGUUGUGGUAAUGUCAUAGAGAAUUCCGAAUGUAAUGCCGCAAAUAAAAUGUUAAAUUCUUGAAAACUCUAAACAGUAAGCAAAAUAUGACAAGUCACAUUUACUAAUCUUAAAGAAAUAAAUAAAUGAAGUGAAUGAC